CAUACCAUAUAUUAAUCCUUUCGUACUCUUUAAAAUGAAGGUUAGAUUCAGUUAAUAUAAAAAAAAAAACUUAGGACCACUAUAUUCUAAAUAAAUUUCAUCCAAAGUUACAUAUCCUCAUAUUAAGACAAUAGGCCUCUAAAUAAAAGCUUUCCAAAUGAACUAACUAAUCUUCCAUAUUCUCUCUUAAAAAAAAAACCUAUAAAGUUUUAUUUUUCUAUCUAUAUAAAGGGGGUUGGUUCGGACACUUAUCUACGUACAUCAAUCUUCAUCCAUGGCCUAUAUGGAAAUUUUCACAUUUUCUUUUAUGUGGCUCACUCUUGUCUCUUGCUCUCCCGUUAGGGGGAGAUUGGUGAUGGAAAGUUAUGAUGCACUCGAAGCAAAGGCACAGAAAACUGUUUAUGGUUCAGAGAUAGAAGUGCAUGCACUAAAUUCCAGUAAUAGAGUUGAGAGAGUAAUUCCUUCACAAUUGGCACCAAGGUCGAAUGAGUCUCUCCGAACCAAAAUUCCAUCAUCAAUAAAUAUUUACGCACCUGAAGAUGACUCCGAUCGCAUAGAACAUUGGGCAGUAUAUCAAUCAGGGACAGGAACAUCUAAGGCUUAUUAUGGUGCCAAAGCAACACUGGUUGUUUACGGCUUUCCUAAUCUAGAAGUUGGCCAGAUAAGCUCAGCAGGUAUUUGGGUUGCGAACGGUGCAGAUGGACCUCGUAAUCAACUUAAUGUGAUCCAAGCUGGAUGGCAAGUGUUUCCUGAAUUAUAUGGGGAUAGCAAUACUCACUUUUUCACAUCUUGGACGGCGGAUGGCUAUAAUUCAACAGGAUGCUACAAUCUUCAAUGCAAUGGUUUCGUAUUAACAAAUACUUCUGGUCUUGCUCCUGGAGUGCUCCUACGUCCUGUUACCACUCCCGGUGGAACACAGUAUGAAAUAUCAAUAAGAAUUUUUAAGGAUCCAACAACUGGAAAUUGGUGGCUCCAGUAUGGACAUGGUGAUAACUUAACUCCUGUAGGAUACUGGCCGAAGUCUCUCUUUACUUCUUUAGCUGAUGAAGCAACUCGAGUUGAUUUUGGCGGAGAAGUAUCUUUUCAAAAAAAGAAUGGCGUGAGUCCUCCAAUGGGUAGUGGUUAUUUUCCAACAGAUCAUAGUAAAACAGCCUACAUUAAAGAUACUGCAUAUGUUGAUAAAGAUGGCAAUUACUUUAUCCCUAAGAAUCCUGCAUCCUAUGCGGACAAUCCCUAUUGUUACAAACUCGCAGGGUAUGAUCCUCUUCGUUUUGCCUAUGGUGGGCCUGGUGGUUGUAAUAAUAAUUAG